AGCUUUCCCCUUCCCAGGACUCCGACACAUCUUCGGAGGUGACCUCAGGGAAAAUGAUGAUGAUAAUUGAAUUGAUACUUUGUUUGAUGCUAUACAUUUGUUCAAGAUUGAUAAAUUAAAAGUGUUAGAAAAAUAACACAAUGUUAAUACAUCAUAUACAUUGAAAAUAGAAUACUGACCAGCAAAGGAAACUAUCAUUUUUAGUUCUAAAAUUUGUUCAUUAUAAAUGUUUUCAAUGCUAGAAAUUGAUAAAGGCUUCUGGAUAUGGAGAUCAAUGAAAUUGUGAGAAACAUUUUUGGAUCCGAUGUGCCCUUAGAGAGUCCUGUCACAAAACCUAAGAAGGAGAGCUCAAAACAUUCAAGGAUAUCAAUUAAUUUAAAUUCUGUAAAUCAGUAUAUUGAAACUACCCUUGGGGAAAAUGCUCCAAUUGAAAAUGUCCAAGAUAAUAGGGUUGGUCGAUUGGGACCAAAUGUGGUCAAGUUUGAUAUAUCAACACACCAAGGGCUUUUUAUAAUUUCACCUAAUAGACUUAGCAUUAACUCUCAAAGUAACUUCAGUACAAUGAAAGCAAACGUGGCAGUGUAUAAGGGAAAGUGGAUGUAUGAAUUGCAGCUUGGAUCUAAAGGUCUCAUGCAAAUUGGUUGGAGUACAGCUAAAUGUGAAUUUAAUCAGCAAUUGGGAGUUGGAGACACUGUUAAUUCCUAUGCGUAUGAUGGAAAUCGUGUUAGAAAAUGGAAUGUAGCUACGCAUAAAUAUGGAGAGCCAUGGCUUCCAGGAGACAUUAUUGCAUGUGCUAUAGAUAUGGAUAAUGGAACAAUUGAUUUCUGUAGAAAUGGUAGAAACUUGGGUCGAGCAUUUGAAAAUAUAACAACAGGUGCUGGUUUUGCAUAUUUUCCCACAGUGAGCCUUGCACUGACAGAAAAUUUAACAGCCAAUUUCGGUUCUACACCGAUGCGCUAUCCUAUCGAAGGAUACGAACCUUUGCAAGCGGCACCAAAGCAACAAAUAGAUCAGGCUACACUGUUAUUUAACUGGUUUCUGAGAAUAACAGAAGUGAUAAACGCAAGACAGAAUGUGAACGAUGAAAAUACAUUACGCGACGGGAAUAUGAGCGUUCAGGCCUAUUUAAUGUGUCUUACGAGAACCGUUGUAAAACACAUAGGACCUCUUGUUACUGUACCAUAUAUCGCAGAAUAUAUUUUAGUUCCAUUUAUACAACAACUUUCUGAAUCGAAAACAGAUCCUCCUCUGUUAUUAACUUGUUUAGAUUUGUUCUGGACAUUUCUUGAAGAACACGAAAUGAAAGUGUGUUUAGAAAGUACAGUUAUGUAUUUGUUAUCCGCAUUCAGACACGUUUCUUUGUUACUUGAAUAUCCUGAUCAAUGUAAGAGUUUGCAUCUGUUGACAAAAAUUUGUCAACAUUCGUCGACACGUCAAUAUUUAUUGCAACAUUUACUGUUUGAUCGAGUAAGAUUUGCAAACUUUAUGCAUGUUAAACCACUUGAUGAAGGAGGUCUUGCCGAUGUGGUUAAAGACGUAUGGUGGGAAAUGAGUCCUACGGACUCAACGAUCGAGGUUAAUAAAGCAAGUUAUUUGAAUGCCUGUGAGAAAAUUAAGACUGCUAUAUCUGAAGUAGAAACAUUGCAAGUAGAAUUACUAGUGAUUCUGCUUAAUAAUUCUGAUGGCAAUGAAAAAAAGCCGACGUCCAGAGCAAUAUUCUUAAGGAAAUUAAAACGUUUUGUUCAAGAAAACCUUGACACGAGUCGGACUCUACCGAUCACGUUAUGUUGUUUUCACCGACUUCUGGUUGCAUUCAGAGUUUUAUGGGACGCUGAAGUGGGAACAUCUCCGGUUUAUAUACCUUGCAGGGCGUUCUACGACGCGUCGAUUGAUCACUCUAGAACUGAGAGACUGGGAGGAGUCUUGUCCCAUUUAAAUAAAACGUUCAGGAAUGAAUUGCAACAAUUAUUAGGACCUGAACACGAAGUAAUUACCGCAAUGGAUCAGGCUCAAGAUUCGUCCAAUGUACAUAACAGAACAAGACUGAUGGAUUUACCUAUAGUUAACCCAACGUUCUCUCGAGUAACUGGCACGGACGCAUCGGGUCAAGGAAAUUCAAUGAUCUUUGAGAGAGUAGGAUACUUUCCAUAUACAAGGGAAGACAGAAGUCCGCUUCGCUUAGGCCCUCUAAAUCCAACAACUUCCUUGCUUGAACUACUCGACAGCAUAAUUUUAUUUUAUCACAUAGUAGCAAAGAAGCAGUUGGCAAAGGUGGCUAUUCUUAGAAACAGCAUGUCCGAGUACAUCACUGCUAUGCAAGAUACAAAGGCAAAGUUGGAAAAAGCAAAGAAGAAGAAAGAUCCUAUGUUUCAAUCGAUUCAGCAAGAACUGUUAAGAACAAUAAACGUAUUCAAUACUAAAUUAACAGAACAAGCAAGACACAUGGCAUGGAUCCGGGCUGCUGUUUACUCAAAAGAAAAACAAUCACAGAUAGCGUGGCUUCUAAAAGUAGUCGCGCUAACUUUGAAAAAUGCCAGCCUGGAAGAAAACAUGUUUAGCUUUGUACCUGAUUUCUACUUGGACGCAUUGGCCGAUCUGUGCGUUGGUCUAAGGAAUCACAUGCACCCAACAGCAUCCAUCGAACAAGUUCCAAAUUAUAGAGAAAUGUUUCUCGACAUAGCUGAAUUUCUUUGCGAACAUUUCAUGGAUCCACGUAUAGUGAAUGCAAACUCAAAAAGCUCGUUGCUUCUGACGUUGGCUGGAUUCGUGUUCAAUCCCCUUACCUUGGAAAUUUUGGAAAAUGUACCGGAAGAGAGUAGAAUAAAAGUUGUGACGAAUUUAUUAAAAUCGUAUGACAAUAGAGCAUGGGCUGAAUCAAAUUGGAUUCUAGUUAGAUUUUGGCAAGGUAACGGCUUUGUUUUCCGCUACGAAAAGAGUCCACAUCUGUCGAAGAAGGUUGGACCGAAACUGCUUCAACAAGAAUCAAUCUCUCAGCCUAUAAAACCGUGUCCAUCCGCUGUGUACCAGAAUCACGUGAGGGAUGUAUUACUAAAGAAUCCACAAGCUACAACGAAACUUUUAAAUUCUUUGUUAAAUCAAUUGAACUGGGCCUUUUCUGAAUUCAUUGGAAUGGUACAAGAAAUUCACAAUGUCUCGUCGAGACCAGAAAGAGUCUUCAUUGAAUCUAGACAAUUGAAAAUUUGUGCUACUUGUUUUGAUUUAGCUAUUUCACUUUUAAGAGUAUUAGAGAUGAUUGCUACAGUGGCUCCUAGUAUUUUUAACAAUCCGUCGCAGUUUUCCAAUGAAAAUUUAUUGUCCAGGUUAUGCCAGUUGUUGUGUCAAGUGUUAAACAGAAUGAGUUCGCAAACUAGCUGUUUCCAACAUAUUGUAUUAUUGGAAAUCCCGGAUUUAGAAUCGGUAGAUCAUUUUCCAAUACUAGCAGCGGUUGCUGGUAUCUUAUUAGCUCUACUUAACGAGGAUAUGGCCAAUUUUAAAUCGAAAGGGUUAACGGAGGUACCAAAGGUCACUCAAACCUUACUGAUGGAACCUAGUUUUCAAAUGAGCUCUCUUUACUUCAUGUUAGGAGAUUCCAAGGUUAAAACGGAAAAAAAUAUAAAACCAUUUUCUUUCGCAAACUAUCCAGAUGAUGUAACGAAGGAAGAAAUAAAAAAGGUAAAAGAUAUGAUUGAAUAUUUAGACAAAUGCCGUGCCAUUUUGCCAGAUUCUAAAAUAUUAAGCGAUGACGAUAGUACCUGUACGAUAUGUUAUGCAUACCCUGUCGCAGCAACAUUUGAGCCUUGUCAUCAUCAAACAUGUCGUAUUUGUAUCGAUCGACAUCUCUUAAAUACUAGAGAAUGUUUCUUUUGUAAAGCAAGAAUCGAUAAAGUUGUAGAUCUUUCUGGCAACGUGUUACACGAUUUUAGUAAUGAAAGUGCAUUAGCAAAACAAUCUGAAGAAUUGUCUUGAUGCAAAUGUUAUAAAGUUGUUAUGAAAUUAAUUCGAUGAAUAAAUUCUUGUAAAGAUUA